AUGAAGAAUAGUACGGGCAACAACAAGAGCUCACCACGACUCAUGAAUCCAGAGUCCGAAUUUGAUAUGAAUACAGAGUUUGGUCUUCCCGGAAACGCGACGCGUCGUGUCAUGUUUGCACUAGAUAUCGCAAGAGAAUGCUCCGACGCCUUUAGCAAUCCGAAAAUCGAAGCCAUACUGAGAGAAGCGCUAAAUAGGAUCUGGCUAAAGCUCUUAACGAUACGGUCUUAUGUCAUGACGAGAAACGAAUUCGCGGUUUUCAACUUCUUCCAAGAUCUAAAUCUCGAUAGUACGAUGGCUGAGAUAGCUACUAGAGCGAGGGCAAUUUAUUGGGACCAGACUUAUGGUAAUAGCCAAGGUUGA